UAUUACGCAAUCAACACCGUGGCAAACGGUUAUUUGGUUUAGGUUGGCCCUGUUGAUAACCACUUCACUCUUAUCAGCCAAAACCUAAAAGCUCUAAGCCACUGGUCACACAUAAUGGGUAACAGGAGACGCCUGGCCCUAAUACCAGCUCGCAAAACUCGUUCUUCAACCCUGCGUAAAAAGGUUAAAUUCACUUCCUCCAAGAAUAGGCAACAGCGCCGGUCAUUUCGACAGAGAAUACCGGCAGUAGUCCAAAUUAUACGGAAGUGCGCUUGGGGCACUUGUUUUAGGUUGUAUCUAAAUAUGGACGACAUGCUUCUGUGAUUAACAUUAGUCAAUACGGAGUUAUCAAGGAGAGCGCUUCUAGGAACUGUGCCUUUAACAGGAUGGCAUUCCUGUAUGAUGUCAAGGGAGCGUCGGGAAUUAGCAUUUCAGCCUGACUGUGGUUUUUAGCGAUUUAUAUCUCUUGUUUGCUGAAGUGAUUCAACUUGCAUGGUUGGUUCUUGUGCCAACCUGAUCUUUUGGACAGCCCAUUUCGCCAUGGACAGAUGAAAUGAUCGCGGAACUGGAGGACGGACGCUGGUGAAAACAAUUCGUUCACGCUUCUCACACCACUAUCUCAAAUCUCACAGAUAGGCUAAAUGACGACGUAGACGCAAUGAGGGACCUCCAAUGAAUUCACGUUGAGAUUUUAGUGUGUUUACCUACUUCAUAGAAUUUACAAGGGAUUUUACGAUGUACGCGCCCUCUGCUGAUGCCUCGUCCGGGUACGCCGGUGGCACUACAAUGGUGGACAAGGACGCCUGCCAGGAGACGACGCUGGGCAGCGCCUACUCGCCAGUGGACUACAUGAGCAUCACCAGCUUCCCACGGCUGCCAGAGGACGAUGGCCUCUCGUCGGAAAAUGCCCCCAAACUGCGCAGAGAGGACGACAACGUCCUGAGCGAACAAGACACGGAUCCGGACAUGUUCCUGAGGUCUGCCCGUCUGCAGCGGCUCCCCUCCUCUGCCUCUGAUCUGGCCAGCCAAGACCUCUCUCCCCUGAGGGAGACGGACCGAGACCCCAUGGCCGAAGGCUGUGCAUGCCAGAGGGAUGGCCUCACCGUCAUCAUCACGGCCUGCCUCACCUUCGCCACUGGGGUCACCGUGGCCCUCAUCAUGCAGAUCUACUUUGGGGACCCUCAGAUAUUUCACCAGGGUGCCGUGGUGACAGAUGUGGCCCACUGUACCUCGCUGGGCUUCGACGUGCUCAAUAAGCAGGGCUCCAGCGUGGACGCCGCCAUCGCAGCUGCCAUCUGCCUGGGCAUCGUCCACCCACACACCUCAGGACUCGGAGGUGGAGGAGUAAUGAUAGUCCACGACAUUCGUAAAAAUGAGAGUCGUGUCAUUGACUUCCGUGAGACCGCACCGUCAGCCAUUCGAGAGGAGAUGCUGCAGUCAGACUUGGAGGAGAAGCCUGGUGUUCUGGUGGGAGUGCCCGGAAUGAUGAAGGGCAUGUAUAAGGCUCACGAGCUCUAUGGAAGGUUAACAUGGCAAAACAUCAUCACCAUGGCAGCAGAUGUGGCUAGAGAUGGAUUUAAUGUCACUCAUGACUUGGCCGAGGCUCUCACCAAAGUCAAGGAGCAGAACGUGUCCGAGGCUUUCCAGGACCUCUUCUUUCCAGAUGGACAGGUCCCACUGCCUGGUCUGUUCACAAGGCGUCUGGACCUGGCAGCCAUCUUGGACAAGAUCGCAGCCAACGGCUUAUCUGAGUUCUACAACAACAACUUGACUCAGGAAAUAGUAGCCGAAGUUCAAAAACAUGGGGGGAUUCUUGUAGAGGAAGACUUCAGCAACUAUAGCGCAUUGUUACAGCAGCCAGUGGAGAUGCAAUAUCAAGGGUAUCAAGUGAUGGGAGCCCCUGCUCCACAUACGGGCGCUGCUCUCAUCACAGCCCUUAACAUCCUGGAAGGUUUCAACAUCACCAACCAACUGCCCAGAAACAGCACUUACCACUGGAUCACAGAGACUCUCAAAAUUGCCUUGUCGUUGGCAAGUGGGUUAGGCGACCCUAUGUUUGAUUCGUCUGUCUCUGAAGUAGUGACUGAAAUGUUAAGCAAGAAACAGGCAACGGUAUUCCGUAGCAUGAUCAACGACUCGGUGGCGCUACCCCCAGACCACUACACCCCAGCGUAUGGCCUGGAGGAAGGAGCGGUGGCCAGCCAGGUCAUGAUCAUGGGCCCCGAUGACUUCAUCGUGUCUGUUAUGAGCUCACUGAACCGGCCAUUUGGUAGCAGGAUUGUGACUCCUUCUGGGGUUCUCCUCAACAGCCAGAUAUUAGAUUUCUCGUGGCCAAACAAGACCAGUACCAAUGCACCACCCAAUCCGAGGAAUCAAGUGCAGCCUGGCAAGAGGCCCCUGUCCUUUCUGAUGCCCACUGCAGUAAGGCCAUCAGGGGGCCUGUGUGGCACAUAUGUGGCUCUCGGCUCAUCCAAUGGGGACCGCGCUCUGAGUGGCAUAACACAGGUUUUGCUGAACGUCUUGUCGUCACGCAAGAACCUGAGUGACAGCCUAAGUUAUGGCCGCCUCCAUCCGGAGCUUCAGCCUCCCAACACCCUCCUUGUGGACUCAAAGUUUCCGGAAGAAGAUGUGGAAGAUCUGCUCUUGAAAGGACACCAAGUGCAGAGGAUGGAGGUCCUCUCCCUGGUAGAAGGAACCAGGAGGACCAAUGACCAGAUUAUUGGGGUGAAGGACCCCCGAAGUGUUGAUGCCUCUGCGCUGACCAUGUCCACGAUCAUGACUGUGCCUUAGCAGUAGCACACUUUGUGGAAAUAUUGCUUAUUCCGUUGCGCCAUGCUGUCUAACAGAUGAUAUUGCACGAGGGAGAGGGGAUGCAGUGGAUGCCAAAUAUACCUACCCCCUCCUUUCCUCCCCCCUGUGGUUUAUGGUGUGCAGUCAUCAUGGAUGUUCUUCAGAUGCUGCACUGGACACUGUACAGUUGAAGGGUGUAAAGGUGAUAUUGAGUGGCACUCAGAGCUAAUCACCUCGGUAAAUGUACUAACACAGAUGAAAUGAAAUGAAGGUGAAACACACGCACACGCACACGCACACACACACACACACACACACACACACAGUAAGAGCAUGCCAAAUUUCCAGUGCAAGCUUCAGACUGGCAGUGAACAUGACACACACACACACACACACACACACACACACACACACACACACACACACACACACACACACACACACACACACACACACACACACACACACACACACACACACACACACACACACACAGCAUGUUAACGGCUCACCUUCAGCUUUCAUCAUGCUACCAGCACAUACAAUCACACUAAAACAGCAUGCCUAAACACAGUUGUGUCCAGCCUCCUCAUGUCUCCGCUGAUGACCCUGCUUGAAAAUACACUUUCUGUGAGCAAAGUAGACUUGAUCCUUUCCUUUUGUGUCAGCUAAUAUAUUGAAGUUUGCACAUUGUGGAAUGUGAUUUGGAGAUUAAAACCAGUGUCAUAAUUGAAUGGAUUAGCAGAUUGUCUACAUCUCUGUUAAAUGCUGCAAUGUUGUUAUUAUGGUGGUCCAUCAUUGUGAGUGGUGUAUGCCGCUAAUGAAAACAUAGGUUACAAAUCUAGUUGGAAGUGGCUGCUUACAUAGUAGCCUAUGUUUAGUGGGAGGGAAUAGCCUAGUGUUUUGUAAAAUGUGUAGACUAAACAUAGGUUUGAGGUGUUUGUGAACAUUUGAUACAAAUGAAGGAAUGAGUUGGCCUACCAUAUUUUUGUAUUGUCAUGUAGGCCUUAUCUGUGCUUUGAGUCUGCACUUUGCUUUAGGAUUUAUUCAAAUAUGUCUAUUGUGGUGCAUUCUUGACUGAAUGGUGCUUUGUAAAUGUGUUUUCGUUUUUUUUUAUUGGGACAGUUUGUCAGGUUUGUUUUACAUGCAUUUAUUUAUCUGUGACAAAUCAUUGUAGGCCUAAAUAUAAU